UGAUAAAAAGCAGUCCGCUUCAGUAACUCUUCUUUGCCUUUCCAGAUACCUUUCAAACCGGUGACUGACAUGAAGAUAUUCAAUCCGACAUUCUUUUGUUGAGGACAAUCUCUUUACAGACUUGCAGUACUUGGAAAGUUCGGUUUACGAACUGGAUCUCCCACAGGACUGGAGGAUAUGAUUAAUUCUUCGAGCAACUGACCAGCGAACCAGCAAUGCAUCACCAGAUCAAAGAUCUAAACGCUUCCAUUUUAUAGACAAAGACUUUAAAGACGCUACACCUGUUUGUAGUUUUAAUCUUUGGAUUUAUCAUGUAGGACUGCAAAGAAAGUUCCGAGCUCCCUCGCUAAUUGAUACGGGAGAUGUUAUCUGAUUUCACUUUGCUGGAUAUGUUUUUUUAAAUGAAAGUUGAAGUUGACAAUAGAAGAGGAGUUGAUUGAGAAAUACAACACUAUUGUCUGUGGACUAUCAAGAUUCCCCAGAAGGAUUUACGAGUCUCCAUGAAUUUUUAAUUUUUUUUCAAGGAUUGUAACGUUGGAGCUAUGGCACAAUAAUAUGCUGUCUUCGGCGUGGAAAUAUGGGAAUCGUAAUUUCUCUUCUGAGCAUGACGUCUUAUAUUGUGGAAACAUCACUUCAAGUUAACGAUGCUGCGACAAGCGAGGACUUGUGGAGGUCCGUGCUGGUUGCCACCAUUAUUGUGGCAGGGUUCGUUGUUACAAACAUUUUAUCUGCAGUAUUGGUGUCCAGGACCAUGGAUUUCUCCGGGAAAUCUUGUGGGAGGUUUAUCUGUAUUCUCAUGCACUGUGGACAGAUUGGUCUUCUAUGGAGGUACCUCAAACUAUUUAUGUUGUAUGACGAACACGACUGGAAAGAAUUUGUUUUCUUAAGGACUAUACAGACGAUGAUUCAAACAAUACCCUAUAUUCUCUUAAAGGGAAAUACUAUGUUAUACAUGGCAGAUUUCUCGGCCAUAUCUGUGACAGCUUUUUGUGUUUCUAUAAUCUCCUCUGGUUUUGUGUUUACAAUGUUCAAUCUCGGUAACUUACUUUUUGAAUCAGAUGAGUUUCUGGACCGGGAUCGUCGAAUCAAGAAACCAUGUGGGACAUUUUCACUUGUGAUGGGAACGAUUUUUAUGUUAAGUUCCCGUUGUGGUGCUAUUGUGGUGAUGUCUUCUGUGUUAACGUUUUGGAUCAGCAUUCCCAUUGGACUUCAUUUCAUAACACUUAUACUGAUACUCUCAAUCAAAGCAAAGUGCAAUAAUCAAUGUUCAGUAUUUGAAAUAAUGAAAGUUUUAGGACUGUCUCUUUUGUGCACUUUUGAUGCAAUCGUACAGAAAUUCAAAGUGAUACAUUGUACAGAAGUACUGUAUUACAGUGCAAUUCUUGUGGAAAAUAUCAUCAUGGUGGCUACCUGGGUGUUACUGUCCAGCCAAAGCUAUGUCUUUAAAUUAUUCAGUGUUGUUGUUAUAUUGUGUAAUUUUGUAUUCGGUGUAAUCCUAAAAUCUUGUAGCUGUGGUUAUAUAGAAGAAAACGAAGACGAUAAUUUCUCGUCAUCAGAUGUUUUCGAUUUUGAACAGACUACUCUGAAAAUAGAGAGUUCAAAUAAAUAUUCAAAGAAGAGGAAAACUGGAGAUGUUAACCAUCUUUCAAGUAAUACGGCGUCUGAAAUUAAGAUAGAAUCCAUUUUUACGCCAAUAUCUGAAUCCAUGAGAAUUCAGAAAAAGCUGUCAAAGAGUCAGUCAAGUAAAAGCUCUGGAAAAGGAAGUCUCGCAGUGGGCGAGAGUAACGGAGAUUUAAACUCGAGUAACAGCAGAAACACGAAUACACUGAAUGUGAGUAAAAGAAGCAACAAACAGAAUAAAAGUAAAGAAACAGAUCUGGAACAAUACAAUGAACGUGCACGGAUGUCAGCUAUAACGAUCGAAAUGAAAUCGCCAAAAGCGAAACAAAAACAGUCUCUUCAAGUCAGUGAUACAAAAAAUACAAACAUAGCUUCUAAAUCGCCACAAAUAAAGAAAUACUCAAUGGGAAAGAAGCUUGAUAUACCUUUGUUUCCACAAGAAUGCAACAAUAUAAUAGGCAGCAAGGAAUUUGGUUCUCCCAAACCCAAGCAUAUUUUAAGCAACUCUGUUGCAGAAUACACGAUGGACGAUUCUUCGUCAGACUCAUCGUACUCGGAAUACCUCAGUUAUAGUAGCUAUUAUGUAGAUUCCACUGAUUGGUCUUCUAUGUCAUGUGACUCAGAUGGCGCGAUGACAUGGCCGCCAUCAAAUCCAAUAACUCUUGUGAACAUACACAGUUUACCAAAAGAAAAGUUAGAGACUACUGAUAGUGUUCGUGUGUGGCUAAGUCGCUUAGACGAAUGGGAACCUAGCUACGAUACAACUCUCCCAGAUUCUUGGGACGAAGCAGGAACCCCCGAUGCAACACGUAGUGUGCAUAGUAUGGAAACAGAACACCACAACACUGAAAUAUUCAAAAGAAGCAGCUCUGUUCCUGAACCAAAGCAUCAUACCAAUAUAAGAAACAAUAAAAGUUCACACAGUUUCGAAGGAGAAAAUUCGCAUGAUCAUUCAUAUAUAAACCAUGUGGAUAUUGCUGGAGAACAAAUAAGUGUAGGAUUACCUCACACUUCACAAACUAUAGCUAGUAGUUGUGUUCAGGACGACAAAGAGACGUUUCUAGUCUGGCAUGAUGACUCCUUGAGUGCUCCAGAUGUGGUCCAGGAGUCGGUUGUCUGACAGUGUUUCUUUAAAUCUUCAGGAAUUCCCACGUGCCAAAUUUCAUAUUUUAUGUAAAGAACAUAUUUUGAACGUUUUUGUUUCAUUCCAUUGA